CCGCGCUUGGAUCUUAGUAAAACUCACAAGCCAGUAGAAGACUCGGGUGGGUGGAGGGCGAGGGGUACACAGAGCAACUUUCUCCGAAACCCCACCUUGAGCGCCCUUGUUUCUCUCGAUUGCCUUGUCCACCCCCACCCCACCUCUGGCGCCCUGCACCUCCAUCUGAGGUUUUAAGGGACUUCGUUUGACCCAGACCCUGGGCUCCCCCAUUUUCUCUCUUCCCAGAAGCAGGAAGAGAUAACACGUGAAAGUUGUCCCUGAGCCCCGAGUGAUGUGCUUCCCCUUUCUGUGUCUUUUCCCCCUUUCAGGCAGUUUAGUCUUCAUCCUGACCCAGGGAGGGAGCCGUGUCAGGAGGGAAACUCCACACCCUAAUCUGCCUCGCCGCUCACCCGCUGGCUCACCUCAUGCCUGAGCCCCGGGUGGGUGAGGGUGAAGAAGCCUCCCAGCCAAGAUGAAACCCUCCCUGGGGGCUGCCGCUGCUACUGUCUUGCCCCGGAUCCUGGGGCGCUGCAGCUGGGAGACUGAUUCUGCAAGGAGCCCUGUGAGCCGGCUGCAGAGGAGGUUGAAGAGGGUUUGAGAAGAGGCACCCAUCCCAGAGGCGGAAGCUCCUUGCCUUCACCCCUGUAGACUGGUUUAGGAGAGAAGGACCUGUUGGCAUUUGCAGGCAGCAGGAGACUGGACAGUAGUUUAACUGGGCACCUAUGCCCCCCUCCCUGGCAACGGCAGCGUCAUGAGCCAGUUUCAGGUGCCCUUGGCGGUCCAGCCGGACCUGCCAGGCCUUUACGAUUUCCCCCAGGGCCAGGUGAUGAUAGGGGGCUUCCAGGGGCCUGGACUUCCAAUAUCUGGGAGUGAGACCCAACUGCGAGGGGGUGGAGAUGGGCGAAAGAAAAGAAAGCGAUGUGGGACCUGUGAGCCCUGCCGGCGGCUGGAAAACUGUGGGUCGUGCACCAGCUGCACCAAUCGCCGCACACAUCAGAUCUGCAAGCUCCGCAAGUGUGAGGUGCUGAAAAGAAAAGUGGGGCUUCUUAAGGAGACAGGCUCAGAGCUCAGCCCGGUUGAUGGACCUGUUCCAGGUCAGAUGGACUCAGGGCCAGUGUACCAUGGUGAUUCAAGGCAGCUAAGCACCUCAGGGGCGCCGGUCAAUGGUGCUAGAGAGCCCGCUGGACCCAGUCUGCUGGGAGCUGCGGGGCCUUGGCGGGUAGACCAGAAGCCCGACUGGGACGCUGCCUCAGGCCCUGCUCACAGUGCUCGCCUGGAAGAUGCCCACGAUCUGGUGGCCUUUUCGGCUGUGGCCGAAGCUGUGUCUUCAUAUGGGGCCCUUAGCACCCGACUCUAUGAAACCUUCAACCGUGAGAUGAGUCGUGGGGCUGUGGACAAGAGCAGGGGCACCCGACCUGAGAGCUGCCCUGAGGGCGGUGAAGACCUUGACACGCUACAGACAGCCCUGGCCCUCGCAAGGCAUGGCAUGAAACCACCCAACUGCAAUUGCGAUGGCCCAGAGUGCCCCGACUACCUCGAGUGGCUGGAGGGGAAGAUCAAGUCUGUGGCCAUGGAGGGAGGGCAGGAGCGGCCCCGGCUCCCAGGUACUCUGCCUCCUGCUGAAGCCAGCCUCCCAAACCCAAGCACCAGACCACUCCUUAGCUCUGAGGUGCCCCAGGUACCUCCCCUGGAGGGCCUGCCUCUGUCCCAGAGCGCCCUGAGCAUUGCCAAGGAAAAAAACAUCAGCCUGCAGACAGCCAUCGCCAUCGAGGCCCUCACCCAGCUCUCCUCUGCCCUCCCACAGCCUUCCCACUCCUCCUCCCAGGCCUCUUGUCCACUCCCGGAGGCCUUGUCCCCUUCUGCCCCUUUCAGGUCUCCCCAGUCCUACCUCCGGGCCCCCUCAUGGCCUGUGGUUCCCCCAGAGGAACAUCCAACUUUUGUUCCUGAUAGCCCCACCUUCCCUCCAGCGACUCCAAGAACUGAGUUUCCAGAAGCAUGGGGCACGGACACCCCUCCAGCGACACCCCGGAACUCCUGGCCUGUGCCUCGCCCAAGCCCUGACCCUAUGGCUGAACUGGAGCAGUUAUUGGGCAGCGCCAGUGAUUACAUCCAGUCAGUAUUCAAGCGGCCUGAGGCCCUGCCCACCAAGCCCAAGGUCAAGGUUGAGGCCCCUUCUUCCUCCCCAGCCCCCGCACCAUCCCCUGUUUCCCAGAGGGAGGCUCCCCUGCCAUCGUCAGAGCCCGACACCCACCAGAAGGCCCAGACGGCGCUGCAGCAACACCUUCAUCACAAGCGCAGCCUAUUCUUGGAACAGGCCCGUGAAGCCUCCUUCCCUGCUCCCACGGAGCCUCAGGCUCCUGGCUGGUGGGCUCCGCCAGGCUCACCUGCCCCACGGCCUCCCGACAAACCACCCAAGGAGAAGAAGAGGAGGCCCCUUACCCCAGCUGGAGGUGCUGUGGGAGCGGAGAAAACCACCCCAGGGAUUAAGACCAGUGUCCGAAAGCCCAUUCAGAUCAAGAAGUCCAGGUCCCGGGACAUGCAGCCUCUCUUCCUGCCUCUUAGGCAGAUUAUUCUGGAAGGGCUAAGAUCCCCAACCUCAGAAGGACAGGCACUUCCACCCACCCAGCUCCCUGCCCUGCCUCCCGCCUCCCAGGGUGCUGCCUCCCAGAGCUCUGCUGCCCCUCUACCCUCAGAACCUUCUCUUGCGCUAUUUGCACCUAGUCCCUCCGGGGACAGCCUGCUGCCCCCUACUCAGGAAAUGAGGGCCCCCAGCCCUGCGGCAGCCAUGCAGCCAGGCUCUGCUGGUGGCCCCCUUCCCCCUGCCGAUGACAAGCUGGAGGAGCUCAUCCGGCAAUUUGAGGCUGAAUUUGGGGAUAGCUUUGGGCUUCCUGGCCCUCCUUCGGUGCCCAUUCAAGACCCUGAAAACCAGUCAACGUGUCUCCCAGCUCCAGAGAGCCCUUUUGCCGCUCGCUCCCCCAAGAAGAUCAAGAUUGAGUCCUCAGGGGCUGUGACUGUGCUCUCAACCACCUGCUUCCAUUCAGAGGAGGGAGGGCAGGAAGCCACACCCACCAAGGCUGAGAACCCACUCACACCCACCCUCAGCGGCUUCUUGGAAUCACCUCUUAAGUACCUAGACACACCUACCAAGAGUCUGCUGGACACGCCUGCCAAGAAGGCCCAGGCUGAGUUUCCCACCUGCGAUUGUGUUGAACAAAUAGUGGAGAAAGAUGAAGGCCCAUAUUACACUCACCUGGGAUCUGGCCCCACAGUAGCCUCUAUCCGGGAGCUCAUGGAGGAGCGGUAUGGAGAAAAGGGAAAAGCUAUCCGGAUCGAGAAGGUCAUCUACACGGGGAAGGAGGGAAAGAGCUCUCGAGGCUGUCCCAUCGCCAAGUGGGUGAUCCGAAGACACACACUGGAGGAGAAGCUGCUGUGCCUGGUGCGGCAUCGAGCAGGCCACCACUGUCAGAACGCAGUGAUUGUCAUCUUGAUCCUGGCCUGGGAGGGCAUCCCUCGCAGCCUUGGGGACACCCUCUACCAGGAGCUCACCGACACCCUCCGGAAGUAUGGGAACCCUACCAGCCGGAGAUGCGGCCUCAAUGAUGACCGGACCUGCGCCUGCCAAGGCAAAGACCCCAACACCUGCGGUGCCUCCUUCUCCUUUGGCUGUUCCUGGAGCAUGUACUUCAACGGCUGCAAGUAUGCUCGGAGCAAAACACCACGCAAGUUCCGCCUCACGGGGGACAAUCCCAAAGAGGAGGAGGUGCUCCGGAACAGCUUCCAGGACCUGGCCACUGAAGUUGCACCCCUAUACAAGCGACUGGCCCCCCAGGCCUAUCAGAACCAGGUGACCAAUGAGGAUGUGGCGAUCGACUGCCGCCUUGGACGGAAGGAAGGGCGGCCCUUCUCGGGGGUCACAGCCUGCAUGGACUUCUGUGCCCACGCCCACAAGGACCAACAUAACCUCUACAAUGGGUGCACUGUGGUCUGCACCCUGACCAAGGAAGACAAUCGCUGCGUGGGCCAGAUCCCCGAGGAUGAGCAGCUGCACGUGCUGCCCCUGUACAAGAUGGCCAGCACGGACGAGUUUGGCAGUGAGGAGAACCAGAAUGCCAAGGUGAGCAGCGGGGCCAUCCAGGUGCUCACAGCAUUCCCUAGAGAGGUCCGGCGUCUGCCCGAGCCUGCCAAGUCUUGCCGCCAGCGGCAGCUGGAAGCCAGGAAGGCAGCAGCCGAGAAGAAAAAGCUACAGAAGGAGAAGCUGAGCACACCGGAGAAGAUCAAGCAGGAAGCCCUGGAGCUGGCUGGCAUCACCACUGACCCAGGCUUGUCUCUGAAGGGUGGAUUGUCCCAGCAAAGCCUGAAGCCCUCCCUCAAGGUGGAGCCACAGAACCACUUCAGCUCCUUCAAGUACAACGGCAAUGCGGUGGUGGAGAGCUACUCGGUGCUGGGCAGCUGCCGGCCCUCCGACCCCUACAGCAUGAGCAGUGUGUAUUCCUAUCACUCUCGCUAUGCACAGCCCGGCCUGGCCUCCGUCAACGGCUUCCACUCCAAGUACACACUUCCCUCCUUUGGCUACUAUGGCUUUCCUUCUAGCAACCCUGUCUUCCCCUCCCAGUUCCUGGGUCCCAGUGCCUGGGGACACGGGGGCAGCGGUGGUGGUUUUGAGAAGAAGCCAGACCUCCAUGCUCUACACAACAGCCUGAGCCCGGCCUACAGUGGUGCUGAGUUUGCCGAGCUGCCAGGCCAGGCUGUUUCCACAGACACCCACCACCCUUCCCCUCACCACCAGCAGCCUGCCUACCCAGGCCCCAAGGAAUAUCUGCUACCCAAGGUUCCUCAGCUCCACCCAGCACCCAGGGACCCUUCUCCCUUUGCUCAGAGCUCCAGUUGCUACAGCAGAUCCAUCAAGCAAGAGCCAGUGGACCCUCUGACCCAGGCUGAGUCUGCGCCCAGAGACUCUGGUAAGAUGGGCAGAGCACCCUUGCCUGAGGCAUCUCAGAAUGGGGGACCCGGUCAUCUGUGGGGACAGUACUCAGGAGGCGUAAGCAUGUCCCCCAAGAGGACUAACAGUGUGGGCGGCAACUGGGGGGUGUUCCCUUCUGGGGAAAGCCCCACCAUUGUCCCCGAGAAGCUCAAUUCUUUUGGGGCCAGCUGUCUUCCCCCUUCACACUUCGCGGAUAGCCAGUGGGGGCUGUUCACUGGUGAAGGUCAGCAGUCGGCCGCCCACCCCGGAGGACGGCUUCGAGGCAAGCCAUGGAGCCCCUGCAAGUUUGGGAACGGCACCUCCGCCUUGACUGGUCCCAGCCUGACUGAGAAGCCGUGGGGUCUGGGCACAGGGGAUUUCAACUCUGCCCUGAAAGGUGGUCCCGCAUUCCAAGACAAGUUGUGGAAUCCUGUGAAAGUAGAGGAGGGAAGGAUCCCCACACCAGGGGCCAACCAACUGGACAAAGCCUGGCAGGCCUUUGGCAUGCCCUUGGGCCCCAGUGAGAAGCUAUUUGGGGCCCUGAAGUCAGAAGAGAAGCUAUGGGAUCCAUUCAGCCUGGAGGAGGGGACAGCCGAGGAGCCUCCCAGCAAGGCGGUGGUGAAGGAAGAGAAGAAUGGCCCUGGAGUGGAAGAGGAAGAGGAGGAGCUGUGGUCAGACAGUGAACACAACUUCCUGGAUGAGAACAUUGGGGGGGUAGCUGUGGCCCCCGCCCAUUGCUCCAUUCUCAUUGAGUGUGCCCGGCGAGAGCUGCACGCCACCACGCCGCUCAAAAAACCCAACCGCUGCCACCCCACCCGCAUCUCGCUGGUCUUCUACCAGCACAAGAACCUCAACCAGCCCAACCAUGGGCUGGCGCUCUGGGAGGCCAAGAUGAAGCAGCUGGCAGAGCGGGCACGGCAGCGGCAAGAGGAGGCCGCGCGCCUGGGCCUGGGCCAGCAGGAGGCCAAGCUGUACGGGAAGAAGCGCAAAUGGGGGGGUGCUAUGGUGGCUGAGGCCCAGCACAAAGAAAAGAAGGGGGCUGUCCCCACCCGGCAGGCGCUGGCCAUGCCCACAGACUCGGCUGUCACCGUGUCCUCUUACGCCUACACAAAGGUCACUGGCCCCUACAGCCGCUGGAUCUAGGUGCCAGGAGCCAGCGUACCUCAGCGUCGGGCCCGGCCCGAGCUGCCUCUGUGGUGCUUUUGCCCUCAUGCCCGGGGGCGGGUUGGGGGUGCAGAAGUCUCUCUAUAUCUACAUAUAUGGAUAUGCCUAUCAUAUAUAUGUAUUUAUGGUCCAAACCUCAGAAACUGACCCGCCCUUUCUCCCCUACUUCCCCAGCACUUUGAAGAAGAAACUACGGCUGUCGGGUGAUUUUUUUUUUUUUUUUUUCGUGAUCUUAAUAUUUAUAUCUCCACAUUGUUUUAUUUUUUCCCCUUGUUUUGAGGGGCUUGGCUUUUAUUUUCUCUUUGUUUUUAAAACUUUAUCCUUGUAUAUCACAAUAAUGGAAAGAGAAUUUAUAGUGUCCUUUCACAAAGGAGCGUAGUUUUAAAUUCCAUUUAAAAUGUGUAUUUAUUGGAUUUUUUAAACGCAACAAUAGUAAUGGUUACAGAUGGGCAGGAAAGGCCCACAGUGCUUCCUGCCUGGCGAGCCCAGCCUCCUGGGAGCUGCAGGUUCUCCCAGCCGUCUGCCCCUUACCAAGCAAGGUUAGCAUGUAGCCCUGGUCUAGUCCUUCCCACAGGCUGGGGAGCCUUUGGGACCACCCUGUUCCCCUCCGUGGAAUGGGAGAAGCUGUAGACAUCUGGGGGCCCGGCCUGGAGAUGCUGGUGUUAGAUGUCCCCAGAAACCAGGAAGUAGACAGAUUCAAGCUUGCUAGUCUCCACACUGAAUCCUCUCUGUCCGUUACUGAUCAAGUCACACGAUGUCCUGGUCCGCUAGGCAGCACCUCAUGCUGGAGCAGGAGUCGAGGCUCCCAGGAGCCCUUUCCCAUCUUAUCAAUAAAGCCAGUGAGCGCUGCGCUGAAGGAAGCUUAGUGGCAAUUAAUUUAAAAAUUGCCCCAAAGUUUGUCGAUACUGAAAAAGGGCUACUGUAUCUUUAAAAACAAGAAGUUGAACCCAAGCUGUGAAGAGCCAGCGUGCAGGUGCUCUGCGGUGCUCUGCGGUGCUCUGCGGUGCUCUGCGGUGCUCUGCGGUGCUCUGCGGUGCUCUGCGGUGCUCUGCGGUGCUCUGCGGUGCUGUGCGGUGCUCUGCCGUGCUCUGCGGUGCUGUAGCAUUGGGCUGGGACUUUCCUGACUCGAGGCAGGUGGCGUCCUGCCAGAGCUCAGCAAGCCAGUGUGAUGGCAGGCCACACGUGGUCCUUACUCCUGGAUCUUCACAGGGGACAGUGGUGCAGUCCUCCGGCCUUCGCGGGGCUCGGCCGACACUUCAUUUACAGUGCGAGGUCAGGCGCUUUCAACAGGUUGCUAUGCUUUCCCUCCUCCGGGGGGCCAGUUCUCCAUUGGAUCUUUCUUUUCUCCCCUCCUCCCGUCUUUCCACCUCCCGUGUAACACACCCAUUCUAAAAUCCUGGUGCAUUCAUUUAGUUCUUUGAAGAUGAGAAUGUUGGUGCUUUAAUUUCUGUGACGUUGUCAAGGUUGGGCCUGACAGGUGGACGCAGCGCUUGUCUGUAGCGAGUCGGACUUGACGGAGUGUUCGUUUUUCCCGAGGCUGUCAGCCACGUUUCCAGGCUGCGGUGUGGGCAUGUGUGGUGAGUGGGGGCUUCCUCAGGACACACACGGGGUGGCAGCCGCGCCGAGCCCGCAGUUAUCAGGCAGGUCUAGCCAGGUUUGGUCUUCACAGGCCGAGCGUAGCAACCCCACGCCCGUGCUGGAGGCAGCGCGUCCUCAAGCUUUGUGGUGCCUUGUGCCAGAGCUGAGAGCUGAGCAGCUGAGUGUUGACUGGAGCCCUUCGGAAGCACUGGCGGAGAGUGGCUAAAAGGUGUCCUGAGCAUUUUUGUGGUCUGGUUUUAACUGUAAAUAGUGAAAAGAUUUUUUUAAAGCACUUUUGCCUAGAUUUAAACAGCAACUUGAAAAAGAAUAAAAAGUACAUUUUAACAUGUAAUUGUGGGAGAAACUGUAAAUAGUAGCUGAAUAUUUAAUGUGCUUUGUCAAUCCACCUUUACCAUAUUCUGUAAAGCUGCAAUUAUUUUACAGGACAAAAAAAAUGAAAUAUUAUUGCUUUUGAAAUAAAUACCCAAGAGCUUAUCAGGACUUAGAAUUAUUCAGAUUGAGAUUUAUAGGCAAGCCUCUGGCCCUCUGUUUGACAAGCUAAAGGCGUCAGAGUCUUUAAGGCGCAUGCUAAUUUUCUAGUUUUGAGGGAGAGUUGGGUCCUUUAAAUGCUAUUUUGCUUAAUCGCAUCAGUACUUUUACGCAGGUCUCAUCUGACUCCGUGCUUAGGUAGAUGCGGGGGUGCCUUGAAAAACUUCAUUUUAAAUAAUCUUAAAUAUGAUAUUUUACAAAGCAUUUGGAGAAUGUGACCGUGUAUACGGCCCGUGGAAGCCCCAGGUUGGCUGUUGGCUUGCAAGGUCCCGAGCGUGGCCCCGGUGGUUACGAUGCUGGCGGUGUGUGGAUCUUUGACGUGUAUUCAGUAUGCUCCGACCCUCCUCGCCCUUUGGUAGCAAAGCCGUUAGAUGAGCAGAGAAACCAGUACAGGCCAAACAGCAUGUGACGUCCAUCCCCGAGUCUGCACAGCCUUGCUUCAGAAGCUCGAGGCCAGGGAACGGGCUGCUGGGAGGCGAGGGGUUCUCUGUGGACCUCUCGGGUCCUCGUGAGCACUGUUUCAGGGCUCAGUGCUGUGCUGUGCUUGAGCCCAUGCUGAUUGUCACACACUACAUGUAUAACCUACCUCAAAUCUGUCAUUGAAAUGAGCAUGCUUUAGAUGUGUAUUUAAGACGUAACUAUGCACAGUUCUCUAUCCCCACCCCUUGCUGCUGAAGGCUUCUUAAAGAGAAAAAAAAAAAUCAAAAUUUUUAUUUUUUACUGGCACUAUCAUUUUUUAAGUCCUGAAGAUGAUUGACAAGACAUUUUUAUCAUAAGAAGAAAAAUAAAGCCAUUGCAACUCAAGAACCUGACAGCAUGAGCGAGAUUUAAGAGUAUCAUUAAAGCGAGGGAGAUGACGGCUUUGGAGUCUACUCCCAGCGUGCCCGUCCAUGGCCACAGUCCACGUGCAGUGCAAGCCUUUGGUGCCCGCCCCCUCCGCCUUGUUUUUGUUCUGCUUUGUCUUUGUUCUCCCUGCUGCUGUGUGCAAGAGGGCUUUGGAGGUUCUACCCUAAGAGAUCUUCUUUCAGAAUAAAAAUCAUUUUGCAGCAGGUUCUCACAAAAUAACUGGUGCUAGCUGGAGAAACCAUCUGUCAGCAGCUGCACUGAGGGGGUCACGUGAAUGGGGGGGUGUUGGGUCAGAAGUCUGGUUUUUAGCGGUGCCUGAGCACCCCGCCCAUAGCUCUCCCGGUGCUGCUUUGCUUUUAGCUGGGGUGGCCCUGGCACGCGGGAAGGCCUUGUCUGGCCCUCCCACCCGCCUCUUAGGGGAGCAGUUGUUUGCAGAGCCAGGGCUGGUUUGAGGGCUAAACAGCAAGGACAGGAGUGGUGGAGCUCUGUUGCUUCACAGCUGGUGGCGGUGGUGUGUGAGCGUGGUCGUAACCGAAAACCCAGUCACAGAUCGAGGAGACUUUGUUGAAUGCCUUGAGAGGUCAAAGCAAGGCCAAGCUGGUGGAAAACUGAUAUAUCCCUGAUGUGCCUCAACCAAUCUCUUUCCUUUUGUUACUGAAGUGUGUUUUCUGGACUUGGAAGCAUUUUUAUGAAUUGAAAUAGUCUAAUAAAUGGUGCUACGGUGUUUCAAUGUGACUGUCCCUGAUCUCGUCUCCCUGAGGUGCUAUCAACGUUUGAAAUCACAACCAAAAACAAGGUGGGCUCCCGUCUCAGCUUUUCUUUCCUUCUAUUUUGGUGCUGUCUUCGUAGACCUCUUGUUUACCAUGCUGUGUCAGCUCUGAGCAGUGUUGUGGGUUUGGUUCGUUGUUGUUCCCCUUGGUGGCCAAAGCUAGGCACGUGGAGAAGGCAGCUAGCUCCUUGCAAGGACAGCAGUGGCCUGCCUGCCUGGGUGGGCGCUGUGGGUUUGUGUAUCUUCUCAGGCCAGAUUAGAAAGGGGAGAGGGUGGCUUUUAGGAAGGAGAGGCAGGGCCCCUGCCUCAUCUUGUAUGGCAGGUGUUCUCCUGUGGCCCAGGGUGCUAGCCCCAGAGGGGACAGGAUGUGGUCCAGGAGGAGCACCUUCACCUGGCCCCAGCAGGGAUGGGGUGGCUAAGCCUUUCGGUUCCUGCCGCUCACUGGUCGCUCCUGGUGCUCAGACUAGAAGACAGGUGCUUUCUUUGUCCCUCAAUGCCACCAAGUCGCUUUUAGUUGGUGCUAAACUUCUUGUGUCCACAUAAGCUGAUGUAAAUUUUAAGAACUUGACAGGAAGCUCCAUUUUUACAUCAUCCACUGUCACAAUUUUUUUUUUUUAAAUACCUCAAAAACAGGACAUUGUGACAACUUAGAUUCCAUGAGGGUAUGAUACUCACAGGUUGUCCAUUGGGUGUCUUCCUUGACCUUGACACAUCUGGGGUCAUUCUCUCUGCUCACUCUUUUAAGCAGUAAAGUGGCAGGGAGCCCAAGGGAAGGAGUGUGGUUGGGUUUUUUUCAUUCUCUAACAGUUUUGCUUUUGAAUAAAAUGUGAAUCUCCUCUGCCCAUCUCAUCGAGCUUUCUGUCAUGGUUGCUGUCAUUUGAAAACUUCACAACUCCUAGCGUUACCUGCCACCCUGCCAGGUCACCACAUACCCUGGACCAAAAUAACACGUUGGAGGUGCACACCUGAACCCAGGCUCACAGCCCCCUCCCGCCCUCUCGCACAGUUGCUUCCGGGAGCACCGGUCUCCCGGGGAGCGCUGCCCGAGAGGGCAAAGCAAUAGGCCUCUCGCCUGAGCAGAGACUCAGCACGAGCCAAGUUCUGGGCUGUGGCCUACGGGUCAGUGAGCUUUCCAGCCUGCUCUCGUCUGCUUCUGUUUUCAGGGAUGCUUUCCGUAGGGUGUCGUUCAUGCUGUCCUCGCUCUGACUACCUGUCGUUCAGGGGGAACCCGCAUUCUUCAUAUGGAGACUCCACAUACUAAUUGGCUCAUCUGGACAAACCCCAAUUUUCUUGAUUCCAGUACAGAUUUGUUUUUCUUUUGAAGGGGCAAGACAGACAGGAGUGGUGUCAUUCACUUUUCUUGUGUUUAAAGAAGCAAGGACCGGCUGUCUCACAGCACAGUAAUGCUUUAGACUUGAUCAAGAACCCUUGUAGCUUUUGGAUGUGUUUUGUUUCUUAUCUCUUUGAAUUCCUGUUUGGUUACCUGGCUUCCAGUGGAGGUGAACUUAACAACCAUACUUGAAUAUUCCGUCUUGACUUUGUAAACUGUGGCUACUUGAAAUGAAGUUUAUCUGGGGUUGAUGGAUGAAUGGUAGGUUUUUGCAAUGUCUCAAGGCAAUAGGAUGUGUAUUAUUAAACUGUAGAUAUCUUAGUACAGUAAAUUUAUGCUGAUAAUUUUAUUUUGUAUAAUUUUUACCUUUUUGUUAAUAUUUUCCUUCCAGUUUAUUGGUUUGUCUCCUGAGCUACGGCCUUCCUUCCCCUUUCCUUCUCCCCCAGUGUUUCAGUAAAUUUAAUUUAGGGUGCCUAGAAAUUGCAAGUAUGUAUCCUUUUUUGAUUUGUAUUUUAUUAUAAUUUACACAAACAACUGGGUUUGUGAACUGUAUUACUCCUGGCAUCUUUAAAAUAUUGUGGGUGUUUUAAUAAAUUUUAUAUUUAUUUUUUGCACUCAAA